AUGUCUGACGCUGGAACUCCUGCACCUACCACCGGUGGCCGCCGUGAGAAGGUUGCCUUCCGCUUCUGUCGCGAAUGGUAUGAGCGUUUUUAUGUUUGAUUGACAUGGAAACUUUUUAUUGAUUUGAUCGCAAUAGCUCUAACAUGCUGUACCCUCAUGAGGUCUGUUUCGGCCGCCGGUACAUGGCCGGAGCGAGGGUGUUAACAAACCGCUUUUAGGACCGCGUCAAUAACACCCUCAUGUAUCGCUGCCGUACCUGUCAGGCCACAGAGAGCGCGUCAAACAACUGCGUUUUUAGAAAUACUCUUGGAGGGUCUACAGGUGAGACUGCUGGUGUGACUACGGAUGUUGGAUCUGAUCCUACUGUAUGUCUUCCGGAGGAUCUGCUAGGGGUGUAGUGGGGAGUUGGGGUGAGACACUGAUGAAUGGAUAGUUGCCGAGGUCCAUGAAGCCAUGUCCAAAGUGUGGAGAGAACGAAUGUGUCUUCUUCCAGAGUCAGCAGAGAACUGAGGAUACCAAGAUGGCAGGGCUACCUCUUCCUCACAAGAUGGCAAGUGAACCGGAUUGUGAGCUAACGCUGCGCAGAGAUUGUUCCAUGUUUGUUGCUCCUGUGGUACUAUUCAU